CAAUGGCAAUUGGCAAUUCACAAUGGCGGUUCUCACUUGAUCCCAAUACGGUGUGUAAUUCGCUUAUCGAGAAGACUUGUGGCAUUCAUCUCAUCGUGUUUUGAGCUCUUUUACUUGAGCGAUCCAAAUUGCCGUUUGCUCGCGGUUGUAUCAUAAUCGUUGCUGUUUAUCAGUUUGAGCAUAUUGAUUUCAUUCCUCGUGUCGUUGCCAUACUAUCUCGCGAACGAUCAUCUUCGCGAGUACAAUGGCCGAUAUGAAAGGAAAAAAGCUGACCGAGCUACGGGUUAUAGAUCUUAAGACCGAAUUGGAGCGUCGCGGUCUCGACAAGUCGGGCAACAAAGCGGCGCUUCUCGAGCGGCUGUCAAAGGCUAUAUCAGAUGAUGGAGAGAAUCCUGAAGAAUAUCUCAUUGUGCCAUCUGAUGGGCCAUGUAAAAUCAUUCCAAGAAAAAAUAGUGGAACUUUGAGUCAAGAAGAAUCUAUUGAAUGCUCUGAUAAUCAGAAAGAAGAAAAUAUUGAUAGACAAGUAAAUAUAGAGAAAAUCAAAAGAGAAAUAAAAGAGGAAAAUAUUGAAAAGGAAGUUUUUUCUGCAAAAGAGGAAUUUCAAUCUGAAAUCAAGAAUAAUACUAAUAAGGAAGAAAAUCUUAAACAGGAAGUCAAAAUUCAAGAUAUUAAAAUCGAAAGUGUACAGAGUACUGAUAAGAAUGAAUCAGAAAAAAAUAAUACUGCAAAUCAAUCCUCAAACACAUCAUCUGCCACUGUCGAAGCUAAUGGAAUUGACAACGAAGACUCUAUUAAUUUGACUAUUGGAGAAGAUGAAGAAAAUCUCCUUGCUGAGGAGACAGAAUCUCACGACAGACAUAAGGAUGGUGGAGAGAAGAAGAAAAUAGAAGAGAACAACAAGAAGGGAGACUCUAAAGGCGGCGGUAGAGCGGAAGCUGGUGCCGGCGGCAAGGAAGGGACGACGUCCGGUGCGAACGUUGGGACGAAGAACAAGCAGGACGGUGGAGAUGGAGGAAGCAAGAGUGCGGAGUCUAGCAAUAAAAGUCAGAAGAGAGAUGAAAAGGAUAAAAAGAUAUCUCAGGUCAGUCCCACCAGCGCGAGUAGUCGCAAUCUAUGGGUCUCUGGCUUGUCAUCUAGUACUCGCGCGACCGAUCUUAAGCAGAUCUUUUCCAAAUACGGUAAAGUUAUAGGCGCAAAAGUGGUCACUAAUGCGAGGACUCCAGGAGCAAGAUGUUACGGUUACGUUACUAUGUCUUCAAGCGAAGAUGCAGCAAAAUGUAUACAACAUUUGCACAGGACCGAGCUUCAUGGACGUGUCAUAUCUGUCGAAAAGGCAAAGGGUGAUACACAGCAAAGUCAUAUACGUAAACGAGAUACUAUAAAUGGUAAAUCAGAGAAAAAAGAUGAAAAAGAAAAACCAAAGGAUCAUGAUGUAAAUGAAAGAAAGGAAAAAGAAGCAAAGAAAGAGAUCGAAGAAAAAGGAUCAGACGCUGUAAAAAAGUCUGAUGACAAAAACGAAAAUACUGAAUCUAAGAAGAUUGAGAUACAAGAUAAGAAGGAAGAUCCAUCUAAAGAAUCCGAUUCCCGAUCGACAAAAUCCACGAGUAAAAAACCAGAGAGCGAGAGGGGAAGACGAGAAGAAAAACGGAUUCGCACUUGGGACAGAGAUCAUCGAAGUCACAGUCGAUCUAGGAGCCGCGAAAGACGGAGGCAUGACGUUCUUACAUUUGCAAAGAUAAGAGAAGAACGUGAGCGACAAAGACUUCGUGAAAGAGAACGGAUUUUGAGGGAGGAAGAGCGGCGAAGGAGAGAAGAUAUGGAGCGUCAACGAGAAAUAGAACGUAGGCAGCGAGAAGAAGCCGCGCGCUUGGAGAGAGAACGAGAGAAAUUGAGACGAGAGAGGGAGCGGAUUGAACAGGAAAAGGCUGAAUUGCUGCGACUCGAGCGUGAACGGCAGAAGCUUGAAAGAGAGAAACUGGAGCGCGAAAGAUUGGAAUUAAAAAGACAGCAGAUGCGUUUGGAGGAGAGCAGACGGGCGCCACCACCGCCUUCUCUAAAGAGAUCAUCUACUGACAGAAGGGAUCCACGAGAUUUGUAUGUGGAACCUGACAGGAAACGAAUAAGUACGGAACAUAGCCGUAGACAUAGCCCAGAUAGAGUAGCCGACAGACGAAAUGAUAUGUUAGAUCGAGUGUCGGAUAGACGAUUGGAUCCUUCUCCACCUUCUCGAUACGAAUCUAGCAGAUCUGCUCAAGACUUGGGAUUGAAAAAGGAAUUUAAGCGAAGUAGCGAUUUCUCAUCGAGAAGCAGCCGACCAGACAGCUUUUCCGACGUUUCUCGCGGAAGAGAAGUCAUUGUACGUCGAGAAAGUCUGUCCACUACAUCCUCGUCCAUAGAUCCUCGACAAGUCAAGGAAAGAUAUGAUCGUCCAAGUACUACGUCCUAUACUCGCGAACGUGAAGUACGACGAUCCGACCCUGAAACACAUCGAACUUCUAGGGACAGUCAUACGCGAUACAGUGAUAGUUUCAAACCGCCGGGAUCUAAUACGCCACGUGAAAGUCGUUACGUAGAAAGCAAUCGUACUCCGAGUGGAUGGCAUUCGGGACCUACAUCCUCAAAGUCGUUUAACUCCGUGACGAGUAGCGGGUCUCGCGAUCCCCGUGGCGAGCCUUCUAGCUGGAGUUCUAGGUCGUCCGACAAUGUCAAUAGAUGGAGCAACUCUAGUAGCAUGGGAAAUACAUUGCGACAUCCGAUUCCACCGACGUAUCAAAGUGGACCGAUGCAAUCUAUGGGAUUGACCGCACCAGGAACGGCGCCAUCGUAUGAACGGUUUGACGCGUAUAAAUCGUCUAUGCCUAUGAGAAAAUAUUGAUUAUCCAGCCGUGCGAACUUUCGCGUAUAUCCCAUUCGAAUAAUAUCAGAACGCUUACGAGAGAUUCGUAGAAACGUUCUUUGACAAGUGUAGAUUAUAUUUUUAAUGUGCACGUUCAAUGUGCGGAUUUAUUUAAUUACGUUCAUUAAAUUACAAUAGAAUGCAAAUUAUUACUGUUGUGCGAGUUCUUUGCAAUCUGGAAAAUACAAGAUUCUUUUUAAUUAUUGAAAGAUUUUCCGCACAAAUGUCGCGCCGAUAUUUAUAAAGUCGUGCUGGGUUUAUAUAAUGAUUAUAUAUAUAUAUAUAU